AUGGAGAAUGGAGUGAAGGGCCUUGAAUUCCAAGAUGAGCCAAGAGAUACUUACAAGAUUGCUUACAUUAUUCACUUCUUGCUUGGAGCAGGCAAUUUGCUUCCUUGGAAUGCAUUCAUCACUGCUGUCGAUUACUUUGGCUAUCUCUAUCCAACCAAGCAUGUCGAGAAGGUCUUCUCUGUAGCUUACAUGAGUUCUUCAGUGCUAGUUCUGGUUGUGAUGAUGACUUGGGGUUGCUGGUGGGAGAGAAUGAGCCCUAGGCUAAGACUCAACUUGGGGUUUUUGAUGUUUAUUCUCUCGUUAACCGCAGCUCCUAUCAUAGAUUGGGCAAGUUGUCAUAGUACUAAUGCAGCUUAUGGUGUGACAGUUGCAUCAGUUGUAAUAUGUGGCUUAGCUGAUGGCUUGGUAGGUGGAAGCUUAAUGGGAUCAGCAGGAAAGCUUCCCAAAAAGUAUAUGCAGGCUGUUUUUGCUGGCACUGCUUCUUCAGGUGUUAUAAUUUGUGUCCUGAGAAUUUCAACAAAGGCAAUGCUUCCACAGACCCCAAAAGGACUCAAAACAAGUGCCCACUUGUAUUUUAUCGUCAGCAUCAUUAUACUCUUAUGCUGCAUCCUUUGCUCCAAUUUGCUAUACAAGCUGAGAGUCAUGCAGGAACACUGUAGACUUGUGCAGGAUCAAUCCUUUUGCUGCUCACCGAGGCCGAAAUUUUGGGCUGUGGCGCGAAAGAUUCCUGGGCCAGCUUUUGGGAUGUUCAUAAUAUAUACAGUGACUCUAUCAAUUUUCCCAGGAUUUAUAGCUGAAAAUCUGGAAUCCAAGCUUCUUCAAGAUUGGUAUCCCAUUUUGCUGAUCACUGUGUACAACUUUGCAGAUUUAGUAGGUAAAUCCUUGACUGCAAUUUACCUUCUGAAGAGUAUCAAAAAGGCAACAUGGGCAUGUGUUACCAGACUCAUAUUCUAUCCAAUCUUCACUGCUUGCCUCCAUGGACCAACAUGGUUGAAAACUGAAGUCCCUAUGAUCUUUCUCACAUUUAUGCUUGGACUGUCCAAUGGUUACCUCACAAGUGCCAUCAUGAUGACAGUUCCAAAACUAGUACCAGUUCCAGAAGCAGAACUAUCUGCAAUUGUAAUGGUUGUGUUCCUUGGAGUCGGGUUGGUUAGCGGUUCGGUUAUAGGCUGGCUCUGGAUAUUAUGA